CGACACUUCCUGCCCCGCCCAUGGAGACUUGAACGCGGAAGUAUUGACGAAUCCACCUGCGCCGGGUCGGACGAUAAGGAAAAACACCUCAUCCUUGUCUCCCUGGAGGUGCAGCAGCAGCCAUGAAACUCGGACUGCACUUUGUGGUCGACCCCGCGGGCUGGCUAUGCGUCGGCGCCGUCUUUGGGAUCUGGCUCUACAACUCCAUUUUUGUUCCCAAGCUGAUUCUGCUGCCACACUACAGAGAAGGCCACAUUUCCUGGGCUCUCGUCAUUUGUUAUUAUGCUGCGUCAGCACUGUGCUUUUUAGCCCUGUUCAGGGCGUCCACGGCGGAUCCUGGUCAUCUUCCUCCAAACCCCCAUAUACCUCACUCUGAGCGAGAGCACUGGGAACUGUGCAACAAGUGCAACCUAAUGAGGCCCAAAAGGACCCAUCACUGCAGUCGUUGUGGCCACUGCGUGCGCAGGAUGGACCACCAUUGUCCCUGGAUCAAUAAUUGCGUGGGGGAAGACAACCACUGGCUCUUCCUGCAGCUCUGCUUCUACACACAAGUCCUCAGUGCUUUGACUCUGGUGCUGGACUUCUGCCAGUACUAUUACUUCCAACCUCUCACGCACCUUGACCAGGGGAAGUUCACUACGCGGCACGAGCUGGCCCUGUUGCGGGCUUCGGCGCUCACGGGCGUGGUCAUGUUCUGCGGCAUGUCGGCCUUAUUUUAUUCGCAGAUCGUCGGCAUCCUUUCGGAUACCACCACCAUCGAGAAGAUGACUCGGUUCUCCAGUGAAAUUCACGGCCUGAGGAGAUCGUGGAAGUGGGCCCUGGCCGACGUGUGCGGAACCCACUGGAAGGCGCUGUGGUUCGUGCCGCUUCGAAGCCGGCGGGCGCUCCAAGCCGGCGGCCUCUUUGAAGCCCACGUGUAGCUCAAGUCGUGGUUCUGAAUGAUCGCAAACCCUCUCAGGUUGAUUUGGUUAUUACACGCACGCGCACACAGACUGCUCGAUUGACAAUUGGACAGACCCGGGAAUUUAACCCAACUUUUCCAAUGGUUCCAAUCUUUAAGCCAAAUGGGGUUGUUUUUAACCAACCAGCAUUUUGAAGGGUGUACAUACAUUCUAUACAUGAUAUACCAAAAUAUUUGCGCAAAACUAGCGUUUUAUUUUUUGCAGUGGGUUAUCGUAGGCAAUAGUAUGCACUGGUACUCUUGAAGAAGCACACACUUGAAUUUUGUUUUUUUUAAUCAUGUAUUUCUUCCAAAAUGUCAUACCAGGUCGGGUGUUUACAUUA